AUGACUGAAACAUUACAAUUGGAGUUGCUUUCUACAAUACACUGCAAACAGCAAGUUGUUCGAGCAGUGAGAUUUAAUAUCGAUGGCAGUUAUUGCCUAACCUGCGGCGCUGAUAAAAAAAUUAAAUUAUGGAACCCGCAUAACGAUUUGCACUUGAAAACUUAUGGAGGUCAUGCAAAUGAGGUGUUAGAUGUGGCAGGUUCAAGUGAUAAUAGUCAGAUUGUAUCUUGUAGUUCUGAUAAAUCUGUUAUCCUAUGGGAUGUUACUACUGGUCAACCUUUGCGCAGGUAUAGGGCCCAUGCAAGCUCAGUAACAUGUAUAAAAUUCAAUGAAGAAUCAACCAUGGCAAUAUCUGGAUCCAUAGACAAUACAGUAGCUUUUUGGGAUGUUCUUAGUAGAAGACAGGAGCCAGUACAGACACUAAGAGAUGCUAAAGAUACUAUAACAUCCAUACAGGUUACUGAUCAUGAGGUUUUAACUACUUCUGUAGAUUGCCAUACAAGAUUAUAUGAUCUACGAAUUGGAAAAAUGAUUUCCGAUUAUAUUGGUUCCAUUAUAACACAUGGAAGUUUAACACAUGAUGGGCAAUGCCUUGUUUUAAGUUGUUCAGAUGGAACCAUAAAAUUAAUAGAUAAAGAUUCAGGAGAACUUUUAAAUACGUUUAUGGGGCAUGAGACUAAUGAUUAUUUGCUUGAAAAUUGUAUUAAUGACAAAGAUAAUCAGAUCAUUUCUGGUUCUGCCACUGGUGAAAUAUUUUACUGGGAUUUAAUUAGUAGUAAUAUUACUAAUAAGUUAGUUCAUAAGUUUAAUAAGCCGGUGGUGUCAAUUAGUCACCAUCCAUCUGAUAGCAUUUUAUUAUCCGCUUCUGAAGAUGAAAUAAAACUAUGGGGGGUUAACAACAAAGAAUGA